ACUUUUCUUGACAUCCGUUUACGCGUAACCGCACUAUUUCAUUUCCUUUCCUGUUCUUCUCAUUUAGUCGGAUUUUGGGUUUAUUUUAAAGAUGAAUACGGUUUUAUCGAGAGCGAACUCGUUAUUUGCCUUCUCCUUGAGUGUCAUGGCGGCUCUAACCUUCGGCUGUUUCAUUACGACGGCGUUUAAAGACAGAAGAGUUCCAGUCGACAUACACGUAUCUAAAGUCAUGCUGAAGAAUGUAGAUGACUUCACUGGACCCAGGGAGCGCAGUGACUUGGGUUUCAUCACGUUUGACCUCUCAGCUGAUUUGCAGCCAAUUUUUGACUGGAAUGUCAAACAACUGUUCCUUUAUCUCUCUGCAGAAUACGCAACAAAAAACAAUGCGUUGAACCAGGUGGUGCUGUGGGAUAAGAUCGUCCUUCGGGGAGAAAACACCAAACUCAAUCUCCGAGACAUGAAAUCCAAAUACUUCUUUUUCGACGACGGGAACGGACUCAGGGCAAACAAAAAUAUCACCUUAAGUCUCUCCUGGAACGUGGUGCCAAACGCUGGAAUCCUGCCCCUAGUGGCCGGACAUGGACAUGUCAGCUUGCCUUUCCCUGAAAUGUACGAAACCACCAAGAGCUACUGAACCAAUAUUUAUCCAGCAAUUUCAAACCAGAACUGUAAAAUUACAAUAACAAUGGAAAAAUGUUUGUAAAAUGUCUUUCUGUUAUGAUGUGAAUAAUUUUGUUUCAAUUUUUAAGGUAUAACAGUUUAGUUUUAUUUAGAGAUGGACCGAUAUAUCAGGGGUAUGACUAUGAGUUUAGGCUUUUUUUUUUUUUGUGUGUGAAAAAGCUUUGACAAAAGGACAUGCUGAAGCUUUGUUUUAACUUUAGCUUCACUCCAUAACAAAUUAUUACUGGCCAAGAAAAAAGCCCAUGUAUCGGUCACUCUCUAGUUUUAUUUACUAAAAAUGUAUGGUUAUAGUUGGUCAAUACUUGUAUCGCAGCUGACCUUGACACAGUUGGUGCUCAAUUUGUGAAAAUAAAGUGAAAAUGUGUUUCCAAA